GGGGCUGCAGUAGUGGCUGUUCAGAGGGUUGGACAACAAAAAGUUGUAUUUUGAUGUUACAGUGUGUUUCUACUUAACUGUCUAUAGUGGUAAUAGUCAGUUAAAGUAAUAUUUGAGGAUUAAAUCAAUUUUAUGUCACCAUAAAUCUGUCCCUGUGAAAUAAAUUUGUUUUGAAGAUUAAGUUAAUUCUCCAGACGACACCCGAAGAAAUUAAAUUGUACUUAGCCUAUGUCAGUCAGAAUACAACCUUUCUUUUAUGAAAAUGAAUUUUCAUAAUUAUUUACAGCAUAUAACCGAGUGUUUAACUAUUUUCCAGUGUAAAUAUAAUCUGUAAACUUUAUAAUUUCAACAUGUCAAGUCUUUUAAGUCCUAGUAAAUUUCAAGGAUUACCAUGGGAGUCGUGGACAAAUGCUCUUGGGCGAACGUCCCCUAUUGCCGACAAACCGCCCGAACUGAUAUCAACGGAAAAGAACAAGGGCUGUGUUCUAAAAUUGCCAAAAGAAGCUGAAAAACCACCUGAAUCGACGCCUGUUGGAACAAACAAAGGCUACGUAAUGAAAUUACCAAAAGAAGAUAUGAAGACGUAUGGGCUGUGUCCGGAGAGAGAUCCCUUUACCGUAAUCAUGUGUGACUCUUGUAAUCUUCUGGUGAAACCUCAAGCUCUACUGUCCCACUAUGAAACAAGACACUCAAAUAGACCGAGUGAAAACCCACCAGCCCAACCCCCUACUGAUGUAGUAGCCACAGAAAAAGUCAAAAUCAAAACAAAAGUGAAGUCAAGCUCGAAAAAGACAAUGAAUAAAGACAGUAAAGGAAGAGAAGGAGUGGUUAACCCACCUCCAAGUCUUCCUGUCUCUCUUACACUCGAGACACCCAUUGCUGAAGCUGGUUCUUCAAAGGGUGAGAGCUUACAGCCUAUUGUGGCGUUGACGCCCCUAUCUGGAGCUCCUAUUGCUGCAGCCCCUGCUGUGACUACUGUGGCCCCCGUUGUUGCCAAAGCCCCCCGCCGUCCCCCCCGCAAACAUGCUCCCAUCAAAGAGAGGGAGUAUGAUCCUGACAAGCACUGUGGGGUUGUUACUGCUGAGACAAUGAAACCUUGUACUUGGUCCUUGACUUGCAAGUCUCAUCCAAUGAGCUUGCGGCGGGCAGUCACGGGUCGGAGUAAGCCGUUCGAUCAAUUACUCGCAGACCAUCGCCAGGCCAAAGAAGCGCUCAUCCAAGCGAAGAAAAAGAACUUAGAACAACAGAACGCAUCUGUAACUCUAACACCUCCAGCUGCUCAACCAAGUGCAUUGCCGGUGCUGGAGCCGAAACCUACCAAGAUUGAGAAGAUAAGUAUAGUGGAGCCUGUAACAACAACAGUGGUACAAAGACUCCCUGAGAUGACUUUCGACAUGACAUCGUCUAAUCCGACUUAUCUGUCAGCCAUCCCCUCUAGUCUGGUGCUGAGUUCACAUGCCAGGAUUCUUCACCAACAGCCAACAGCCCCUGUGACUGCACCUCCUACCUCGGCUGCGCAAACUGACACUAUCACAUACACACACAACCAUCCCCGUGCUCUAGGAGUUACCUCAAUGUUCUCCACUCAUAAGAUCGGCGGCCUGGUGUACUCGAACAGGCGUAUGCAGAUAGCUAGACAAGGUUUAGAAUCAUGUUUACAACGAGCUGGAAACGGUAUCUACAUGUCAGCGCAUCGAGGAGAUCUGUACUCGCAGUCCUCCUCCCUCAGUAACAUGUUGAACCACGUGAGUUCGCGAGCCGCCUUGCAGAAGAAACGGACAAAGGCAGAUAAGCCCAACAGACCCAACAAGAAAGUGUGUUUGACAAAAGAGUCGACUUUAAACAAUUUACAAAUAAACAAUUUAAAGUCUGUACUCUCGAGACAGUACCCGAAUACUCAGAAUCGAUUGAUUGCGCCCACUGAACCGACGUUUCAUUUGCCAAACAUCCUCGGCAAUGUGCUCAAACGGUCAACCGACGUUUCAACAUCGAAAAUCCAAAACAAGAAAAUAAAAAAGAAGACACCUCCAGUAGUAAGCACUGUGCUGUCCAAUCAUUCCAAGAAUGGUCUUCAACCUACGGUCACCAAGACUUCAGCACCUUACGUUCGGGCAGUGGUCAAUGGCAAGCACGAGUCUGAACCAAAACCUUUGGGCUUGGGAGAAACUCCUAAGUUGAACAAUGCUAACAAAAUAUUUAGCGAAACAGAUGUACGAAAAAUGGGUGUAAGAUUUGAAAUAUUCGAAUGAUUUUUUCUUUUCUUUUCUUUUCUGGUCCUCAUCUACACUAAUAAGGGAUUUAUCCAUCAGUAUUUUUGUUAUAACCAUUGAAUUUUAAAAAUUUUCUUAAUUAACAUCUGUUUUACAAGUUUUUAAGCUAAAUAAUUAUACAUUUUCCUUUUAUUUUAAGCAUACUAUGUAACUGACAAUAUAUCUUAGCUUUAUUAUUUCUUAAAAAAUAGUAUUAAAGUGAGCAUAUUAUCUUAAGUUAUUAAAAUAUACUAUACAACUUUUCUAUAAAAAUUAUUAGUAACUUCAAUAAAUUUGUUAAAGUUAAUAGGAGAUUUUGAGUUGACCAAGCCCAAGUUUUGGGGAACUAAUGUUAAAGAUUCAUAAGAAGUGGAAGUGGAAAUUCUUGCUUGGGCUGCAAAAUCUGGCAAACAUUGUUUUAGAAUCUUAAUUUAUUGAUCACCAAUUUUAAUUUAAUUUAGUCAUAGAUUUAGUUGCAAUAAUUUGUUAUUUGUGUAACUACUUGGUAGUCAAUCGGUUUCUAUUUUUUUAAUUACUGAAUAAUCAACCCUAAUUAUGUACAACAUAAAAAAUGUGUAUAGUAAAAGGUUUUAAAAACAAUAAAUUGUAUAAUUUUUAACAACAUGCUUAUUAACAAACAUUUUAACUGUCCAAUUAUAAAAACUGUGUACACUUUGGAACUUAAAGUGGUUUGAAAUCACAAUUUGAAGGCUUUUGAGGCAGAUGUAGUCAAAGCGUUGAUCGUUUUGGUGUCAUUGUUCAAAGUGCAAUCUAACCUCAUAGUUGUUAAGGAUUUAUUGUAUUCAUUUUUACAUUUAUUUUUGUGUCUAGAGGGAAAUUCAGCGUUUUUUCCUUAUGCAUUUCUUAAUUUAUGAUAAUCACUUGUGCUUUCCAUUUACUAGUCAAUACUGGUUCACGUACUACAUCAUAAUGUUUUUUGUCAACUUGUUUGUUUCUAUUUGUUUAUUUAUCUAUGUUAUGUAUAGAGCAGGGCAUUUAGAGUUUAGGACUACCAUUUUGUAACCGUGAGACAUUCUAUGCCUUAAGUAAAACAAUAGUCGUAAGUAAUAUUUUAUAAUUAUGAUUGUUUUUCAUAAUGUAACUUGAUAAUGUCACUGUUAUUAUGAAUUUGUGUAAUCACUUUUUUAUAAGUGGAAAAAAUGUUCAUCCAUCAUAAGUUAGUGAAUUUGUUGUUAAUGUGUUUUUAAAGUUUAGGAGUAUGAAACUAGUAAAGUUGGUAAAUUUAAUAUUUCAUCCUACCUCUGUUGAUUUGUUUGAUUAUAUGUUGACUAUUUAUUGAUUAUUAUAUUUAUAUAAAAAAUCUUUCUAUCCAAAGAACUUUUGUAAUUAAUCAUUUGUUUGAUUCAAGUUUAUUGGAUUUGACAUUUUUAUUCAUCCGAUGAAUAUUAUUCAGGCAUAAAAUAUUAAAACUAGAGUAAUUCGAUCAAGUCAAAAGCUUAAGUUGAUGUUUGUUAAUUGUGAUAUGAGUGUUCUGGUUUCAGUUCAGACUUACGGUUAGUUUAUUUCUCACUGGUUGUUGGUGGAAAUGCAUUAGUUUUAAAAUAUAUUCAUUAAUCAAAUCCUCCUUCUCGAGGAUAUUUUUGUUGGUAGACGGGCAAAAGGUGUGAACCUAGAUUAGUGGAGUAGCAAAUAUACUACUUACAUGCUUAGUGUGUACAUAAUUAUACUGUAAAUGUGUUGUAAAGACGAGCUCAACUCUUCUCUUGUGUUGUAAAUUGUUUCAUAUGUUUAUUUUGUAGUAUAUUUGUAUAAUUGUUUUACGCUGCCUAUGGCCAGCCAACGAUUCCUUGUAAAAUAAGUUUUGUAAAAUAUUAAUUUAUAUUAUAAAUAUGCUGUAAUGCGGACAGUUCGCCUCAAAUGUAAUUGCACUCUCUUUACCAUUUUGUAAAUCUGUAGAAGUAAGCUAAAAUACAAACCUACUUUCUAAGAGUGUUUUCUGAGUUUAACUCGCUUAUUAAAUGUAAUUUCCAAAAAUUAUUGUCGGAUCAGGAAUCAUCUGUCUGUUAUUAAUUUCAAUUUUGCAAUUUAUUCUUGGUAAUCUCUCACAUCUUUUAAAGGAUAAGUUCUUAUAAUAAAUUUAAAUAGUCAUUUACUUUUAUGUGAUAUUGAAUUUGGUUGUAAAAAUAUUUUUAAAUUUUGUCAACGCAAGUUCACAUUGAAAUAUCCCACCUUUUGAAUUUUCUUAAAUUUAACUUUUAUUGAUGAUUAAUUAGUUCUUGUUGAAAACUGAGUGAUAAAGCUAAUUUUUCAUUUUUUAACAUGAAUUUUAAAUUUUUCAUUUCUUUAAACUGAAAACAAAAAUACAUACAAAUGUGUGUUCACUAAAAAGUCCUGGGACGAAUACAAAUAAUUUUCAAUUUUAAAGAUGGUUUUAUAAGAUGUGGUAACCAUUGUAAAAUAAUGAAAUUACAGUUUAAAAGUAAGAUAGUCCUUUUUUGUUGUUCUAAAAUGGUGUUUUGGAGGCAAAGGUUAUAGUUGACAAUUAAAGGCUAGGGAAAAUUUAAAAAAAAAACAAAAAAAAAACUGUACAUUUAACUUUUGUACUUAACUUGUUUAUGGAUAUGUUAUAAUGAAAUUUGACAAAUUAAUAUAUUUUAUCCCAUACUGUUGAAAUUUGAUCAAAAAACACUUUUCCCUUCACCGUAACAGCAAGCCUAUUAAUUAAAUCUAAUGUUAUUUAAAUAUAAAAUAAAUAUGGAAAUGGGUUUAUGGAAAUAUUUUAGUAAAAAUAGAAUCAGAUGAAUGGAAAUUUGCUUUGUUGGCAGGUUUGCUGGGGUGGGGUAUUUCUAUAAUCCAUUGAACAUACCUGGGACUUGUUUUAUUCUCUGAAUUCAAAUUACGUAAACCAUUUAAAAUCUUAUUUUCAAAAGUCAGUUUUUUCAUAUUGUGCAUUGAAUUAUUAAAGUGUAAUGCUAUAAUAUUCCUGCUCAACUCUGUUAAUAAACCAACACAGUAAUAAUAUUUUAGAUUAUCAUUUCAAUGUGGAUUUUUAUCUUCCAGAUAAACUAGUAAUAAUAGAAUAAUUAAUUGAAUAGUAAGUAAGCUAUAUAUAUAUUGACUUUUUAAUUGAAGAAGCUAUACAAGUGUUAUAAAAUCAGUGAAAUAUCAAAAUAAAAAUCCUUUUAUCAACAGGAAAUCAUUAAUUUAAAUUCAUCAUGUCAUGAGAUUUUAAAACUUUGAUGCCAAAUUAAUUUAGUUUUAUAAAAAUUAAGUUGUAAAACACGAUUCAGAGUUCAGUGUAAUUUCCUUUUAAGUAGGGUUGGGCGUUCGAGUUAAGCCAAGGAUAGUCAUUUUUGAAAGCUUGAGUGAUUUGGCACGAAGUCAAAAAAGUCAAGCCGAGUUGAGCUUUUACUUCCCCAAUGUAAUCGCUAUGGCAUAAAGUGUCUGGGAAGAUUCCUCUAUGGACAAUUCUCAAGCUCAAUGCAAUUGCUUAGUUCAUUAUCAAAAUAGAGCAGUGAUUAUGGAUUGCAAUUAUUGUGAGUCUUGUGACAUCGUGAUAAAUGCAAAUUUACGAUUACUACGGGUACAGCUAAUACUACUUUUCCAUUGGUAACCAUAUAAGACGUGCUCUAAAAACUUGUUUAGUUUAAACUUAUUGGGUUUUGUUUUAGCGAAUUUUCCAUAUAGGGAACAAGUUAUUACUGUAGGUCUCGUGGUAAGACCUGGACCCGGGACCGAUUUACUUUUUUGUUUUGAGGUCUCCAGAGGCUAAAAACAUCAUCCGUUUAUAUAUAUAUAUAUAUAUAUAUAUAUAUAUGUGUGUGUGUGUGUGUUAGCACGAUAACACGAGCAAAAAUGAUCCGAUUUUGAUGAAAUUCGAAAUAAACAUGUAAACAUACAUUUAUUUGAACGAGUUCGCGAACCAGCAUGAUCGGACCAUGUUUUUAUAGAAAUAUUUUAGUAAAAAUAUAAUCAGACAAGUAGAAAUUCGCUUAGUCCGCAGGUUUGCUGGGGCGGGAGUAUUAUUCUAAACUAUUAGCUUCCUAUCAAACGAUAUGGUAUUUUAUUAGAGGUAAUUUGAGGUACUGGUCUUUAAAUUUGAAGGUUUCCUUUUUGGUGUUUACAAAGAAAGUAGCUGCACAGGAAGUGUAUAUCUAAUGGAAAGCUUCUUAACUUAUAAAAUAAAAUAUUCAAACUUGAGUACUUUGACAAAAGUCAAAAAAGUCCAGAGCCUCAGUCCAGAUUCUAAAAAAAAAUUGUAUGAUUACCUUUACAUUACAACCUUAAAUCAAAUGCAUUUAGAAAUGAAUUGUGACCAAUCAACUUAUUUUAUAACACUUUCAUUAUUUAAAAAAAAUUGCACAAAUAAAUCAUAGAGAUUGAAAUUUGUUCAAGCUUGGUUCGAUUGAAAAUCUCAGCUCCUAUACAUCUUUGUUUAAAGAAUGGUGAACAUGACCUGCUUAUUUUCAUGAAUUUAUAAGAUAAAAUCAAGAUAAUUGUAGAUUUUUGAUACAACUAUUUAGGGUUCCUAUGUAAAGGUCAUUGUUACAGUAUUUUCCUUGUAAUUAUGUUAUAUAAAAUUGAAUAUCUUGCAUAAUUUUAGUUUAAAUAAAAAAAUAACUUGUUUAGAAAGUGUUUAUUAAAUUUUCAAAGUGAUCCUGUGUGUCGAUAUUUUUUUUUGUAAAAUCACAGAAUUCAACAACUUGUAUUUAGUAAAAAGUGUUAUGGCUGUACUGUAUCAACAAAUUCCCUGAGCUAUUUAAUGAUCAGGUUUCCAAUAUACAUAAUGAUUCAAUACGAUUUGUUCAAUAUGAUAUAACCUGCUCUAUGUUUGAAAAAUACUUGUAACUUUUGUCCAGUUGAAUCACAAAUAUUUGUGGAUUAAAUAACUUUAAUUUGAAGUAGACUACAAAAUUAAUAAAUUGUUGUGA